UUACUCAUAUAAAUUUAUUUUUUAAUUUUUUAAUCCAAAAAUAUUCAUUAACAUCCAUAUUUUUAAGAGAGGAGACGAGAGGUUCCAAUUCAACCAACAAAUAAUGUGAAAAAAUCCAUUUUUCCUUUGCUAAGAUCUUCUUCCCACGCGCUCUAGGUGCGCGUGGGCUUUGAGCUCCACGUCCCGAGCUACACCGAUAAUGGAUCCUUUCAGUAUUUAGUCAUCACCGCCACCGCCAUUUUUCCUCAGCACUUUUUCCCUUCUUCAAAGUUCAACCUUUUCCCUUUUUACAAACUCAUCCCUUUUUCUUUCCAUCCACUCUCAACCAUGGCCGAUAACAACCCCCGCCGUAAAUCCAAAAUGAAGCCUUCAGCAACCACCACCACCACCACCACCACAACCACCACCAGCGACGACGGCCCUCACGACGGCGACUUCCCUGACGAGUACGAUGCCGAGGUUUGGGCCUCCUUUGACCAGACCUUCCGCCAAGUCCAAUCAGUGCUGGACAGAAACAGAACUCUGAUUCAACAAGUGAAUGAAAAUCACCAAUCUCGAAUUCCAAGCAACAUGGUUGACAACGUUGCUUUAAUCCAAGAACUCAAUGGAAACAUCUCAAAAGUUGUUUCCAUGUACUCUGAUUUUUCCUCUGAUUUCUCCUCUGCUUUCAGUAACCACAAACCCAGAAAUGGUAAAAGAGGAAGCAACAACCCAAAUGCUUGAAGAAUUCAAGCCAUAACAACAAAAACAAACUUACCCAUUUCCCCAUUUUCCCCAUUUUCAACUCCAGACUACCAUUGUUUUCUCUCUGUUUCAUCAUUAUCAGAAUCAUCAGUAUCGACAGAAUCAGCAUCAGCAUUGGUUAGAAUAAAAGGUGGGUUAGUAGGUUGUGUGGAAAUGCGAGAGAUUGAAGAACUUCUCGCAGGUGUAUGCUUGUGGGUGUGUGUGUGUGCUCUUUUCCCUCUCUAUUUAAAAUAUCUUUCCUAAUGUAACAGUUAAUGCAUGCUUCCAUCAUUAUCAUCAUCAUGAAUCAUCAAACCAUGGCUGUCAGAGUU